AUGACGUCACAGUACCACCCUCUCCCUGGCCUGACCGCGACCGCCGCCCGCUUCUCCGGCAGCACGUACGGCGAGGGCGUGUUCCUGAUCCUGCAGACGGCGCUGAUCGCCGCCAUGGUGCUGCACUUCAGCGGCCAGCGCCUGCUGACGCUGCUGUUCACGCUGCUGUACCCGGCCGCGCUGUACGUGCUGCUGGCCGGCUUGACGCCGCUGCACGUGCUCUGGACGCUGCAGUCAGCCAACGUGCCCAUCAUCGUGGCGGCGAAGCUGAUCCAGGCCGUGUCCAACUUCCGCAACGGAUCGACGGGCCAGUUGUCGGCGGUGACGGUGUUCCUGCUGUUCGCGGGCUCGCUGGCGCGCAUCUUCACGUCCGUUCAGGACACCGGCGAUACGACCCUCAUCGUCACCUUCAUCGCCACCUCCCUGGUCAACGGCUUGCUUGCCGCCCAGGUGCUCUACUACUGGAAUGCCAAGCCCGCCAAGCCCGCCAAGAAGAAGGCAGGGAAGAAGGCCAAGAAGAGUGAUUGAUCUUGGCGGAGCGGAGCCUCGUUAGUCUGUAUUUGGAUUCGCCGAGUGGCGCGGGUAGGGAGCGCCUGGCGAAUCUGGCCGCGCGCUGGGUUGUUUCGUCACGUUUUUCGAUUGUUCGUUCCCAUCGCGUAGGGUCGCGCACAUAUAUGCAAUGAAUCCAUGAUAGCAUCGGGGUGAACCAAUGGAAUGAAAGCGCGGACGGGGCCUGUGUGAUCUUGCAUGUACAAACGUAGGCGCUCCAUACUCCACUACGAAUGUGCAGCUUGUGAUUUCGUGCAUCGGAACCCGUGUCCAGUUCCGAUGUUCUUCAGUAGCCUUUUAAAGGCGUGGAAGACAUUCUGGUGGCGUCCAUUGUGGCUGGACGGCUCUCGCCGUCAGCCGCCUCGCGCCGUGGUAAUGCUCAAUGAUAUGCUCCGUGUGAUUUCCACGGCCCUCGCCGGCGCCUAUUCUUGUCGACUCCUCUGUCGUGUAUCAAUACAGACCCGCUGACGAGC